AACACUCGCAGCGGCAAAGAAAGAAGUCCCGGUUCGUGAGGAGGAUAAAAACUGUCACUCGAGCUACAGUGGCGGCGUCUUGGUCCAAGCAAAGUUCACCCAGUCGGACAUUUCCUGCAGACAGAGAUCCAAUCAUGUCGAAGACAAAGGAUAUGGGUUCUUCCAUCAUCCACACCCAGCAGAUGCAUGCUGCUAUGGCGGACACCUUCAUUGAGCACAUGUGCUUGUUGGACAUUGACUCUGAACCUGCUGUGUCUCGCAACACUGGGAUCAUCUGCACGAUCGGACCUGCCUCCCGCUCUGUGGACAUGGGCAAGGAAAUGAUCAAGGCUGGGAUGAACAUUGCAAGAAUGAACUUCUCUCAUGGCACACAUGAAUAUCACGCUGAAACCAUCAAGAACAUCCGUGAUGCAACUGAGAGCUUUGUGCCAGGAUCUGCUGACUACAGACCAGUGGCCAUCGCUCUGGACACCAAGGGACCAGAAAUCAGGACCGGUCUUAUCAAGGGCAGUGCUACUGCUGAGGUUGAGCUCAAGAAGGGUGAAACCAUCAAGCUCACAUUUGAUGACCAAUUCAUGGAAAAGUGUGAUGAGAAAGUUCUGUGGCUCGACUAUAAGAACAUCACCAAGGUUGUGCAGGCCGGAUGUCAUGUCUACAUUGACGACGGUCUGAUUUCUCUGAAGGUCAAAGAUAUCGGCAACGACUUCUUGAUGUGUGAAAUUGAGAAUGGUGGUAUGCUGGGCAGCAAGAAAGGUGUCAACCUGCCCGGAGCUGCCGUCGACCUGCCCGCUGUGUCUGAGAAGGACAUUCAGGACCUGCAGUUCGGUGUGGAGCAGGGUGUUGACAUGGUCUUUGCCUCCUUUAUCCGCAAGGCUGCUGAUGUACAGGCUGUGAGGAAAGUUCUUGGCGAGAAGGGCAAGGACAUCAAGAUCAUCAGCAAGCUUGAGAACCACGAGGGUGUGCGCAGAUUCGAUGAGAUCCUGGAGGCCAGUGAUGGCAUCAUGGUUGCACGUGGAGACCUGGGUAUUGAAAUCCCAACAGAGAAGGUCUUCAUUGCUCAGAAGAUGAUGACUGGCAAGUGCACCAGGAUUGGCAAGCCCAUCAUCUGCGCCACACAGAUGCUGGAGAGCAUGACCAAGAAGCCCCGCCCUACUCGUGCUGAGGCCAGUGAUGUCGCCAACGCUGUUCUGGACGGCAACGACUGCAUCAUGCUGAGUGGUGAGACCGCUAAGGGAGAAUACCCCUUGGAGGCCGUGCGCACACAGCACAUGAUUGCCCGUGAGGCCGAGGCAGCCAUGUUCCACAGGCAGAUGUUCGAGGAGCUCCGUCGCACCUCUCACCUGACCCGUGACCCCACAGAGACCAUUGCUAUGGGUGCAGUUGAAGCUUCCUUCAAAUGCUGCGCAAGUGCCAUCAUUGUGCUCACCAAGUCUGGAAGGUCCGCUCACAUGCUGUCAAGGUACAGGCCCCGUGCCCCCAUCAUUGCUGUUACCCGCUGUGGCCAGACCGCCCGCCAGGCCCACCUGUACCGCGGUGUGUACCCUGUGCUCUACACUAAGGCUGCCAACGACGUCUGGGCCGAGGAUGUUGAUCUGCGUGUGAAUUUUGCCAUGGAAGUUGGCAAGCACCGCAAAUUCUUCAAGUCUGGUGAUGUGGCCCUUGUUGUCACCGGCUGGCGCCCCGGUUCCGGUUACACCAACACCGUGAGAGUUGUGCUGGUGCCUUGAACAUCAUCCGAGGACAUUAGUAACCACUCCUCUUCCCUCUCCAUGUAACCUCUACCCUCUGUGUCGGACUUUUCAUUUCUCAACAGAAUCACAAAAACAAGCUGCUCCUUCAAAGUACCUUUUAAUGUGUUGUCCAAAAACAGUAACUCCCUGAAUUGUAAUCCAUAUUUAUUGAUUUAUUGUCCAAAACCUGCUGCCGAAGAUUGUACUCAGACCCUCUUAAUGGAAACUCUUCCUCAUGUUUGUGCCGACCGUUCAGUUGACUGAGUAAGAUUCAGUUUUAUUUUGCAUGCACUGUGAACUCAACUACCAGUACACGCGGUGUCAUUUCCAUGGAGUUUGGUUCUUUGAUUGCCAAGAGUUACACACACAUACUGUAUGUAGUGUACUUGUUUUCCAGUGUAUUGUGUUGAACUAAAAGUUGGCAAAAGUGUCACUGUCUGGUGA